CGGGCCGAGCGGCGGCCGGCAGAGCCGAGCCGGGCAGAGCAUCCUGCGCCCCGGCGCGGGGCCCUGCGGUAACCUCGGCCCCUGCACUGGACCUGCCGCAGUCCCAGUGUGGAGUGCAGAAGCUGCCACCAUGACCACCCACGUGACGCUGGAAGAUGCCCUGUCCAACGUGGACCUGCUGGAAGAGCUGCCCCUUCCCGACCAGCAGCCAUGCAUCGAGCCUCCUCCCUCCUCCAUCAUGUACCAGGCUAACUUUGACACCAACUUUGAGGACAGGAACGCGUUUGUCACAGGCAUUGCAAGGUACAUUGAGCAGGCGACAGUGCACUCCAGCAUGAAUGAAAUGUUGGAGGAAGGUCACGAGUACGCGGUCAUGCUGUACACCUGGCGCAGCUGCUCCCGGGCCAUCCCCCAGGUGAAAUGCAACGAGCAACCCAACCGGGUGGAGAUCUAUGAGAAGACGGUGGAGGUGCUGGAGCCAGAGGUCACGAAGCUCAUGAAGUUCAUGUACUUUCAGCGCAAGGCCAUCGAGCGGUUCUGCAGCGAGGUGAAGCGGCUGUGCCACGCUGAGCGCAGGAAGGACUUUGUCUCCGAGGCCUACCUCCUGACCCUGGGCAAGUUCAUCAACAUGUUCGCCGUCCUGGACGAGCUGAAGAACAUGAAAUGCAGUGUCAAGAAUGACCACUCCGCCUACAAGAGGGCAGCCCAGUUCCUCAGGAAGAUGGCAGAUCCACAGUCCAUCCAGGAGUCACAGAACCUCUCCAUGUUCCUGGCCAACCACAACAGGAUCACACAGUGUCUCCAUCAGCAACUGGAAGUGAUCCCGGGCUACGAGGAGCUGCUGGCUGACAUUGUCAACAUCUGUGUGGAUUACUACGAGAACAAGAUGUACCUGACCCCCAGCGAGAAACACAUGCUCCUCAAGGUAAUGGGCUUUGGCCUCUACCUGAUGGAUGGCAACGUCAGUAACAUCUACAAACUGGACGCCAAGAAAAGAAUCAACCUCAGCAAAAUAGACAAGUUUUUUAAGCAGCUGCAAGUGGUGCCCCUUUUCGGCGACAUGCAGAUAGAGCUGGCCAGAUACAUUAAGACCAGUGCUCACUAUGAAGAGAACAAGUCCAAGUGGACAUGCACACAGAGCAGCAUCAGCCCCCAGUACAACAUCUGCGAGCAAAUGGUUCAGAUCCGUGAUGACCACAUCCGCUUCAUCUCCGAACUCGCUCGCUACAGCAACAGCGAGGUGGUGACAGGCUCCGGACUGGACAGCCAGAAGUCAGACGAAGAGUACCGAGAACUCUUCGACCUGGCCCUGAGGGGCCUGCAGCUCCUGUCGAAGUGGAGCGCCCAUGUCAUGGAGGUGUACUCUUGGAAGCUGGUGCAUCCCACAGACAAGUUCUGCAACAAAGACUGUCCCGGCACGGCGGAGGAGUAUGAGCGGGCCACACGCUACAAUUACACCAGUGAGGAGAAGUUUGCCUUCGUGGAGGUGAUCGCCAUGAUCAAGGGACUGCAGGUGCUCAUGGGCAGGAUGGAGAGUGUCUUCAAUCAAGCCAUCAGGAACACCAUCUAUGCAGCCCUGCAGGACUUUGCCCAGGUGACCCUGCGUGAGCCUCUGAGGCAGGCCGUACGCAAGAAGAAGAAUGUGCUCAUCAGUGUUCUGCAGGCAAUUCGGAAGACCAUCUGUGACUGGGAGGGGGGACGCGAGCCCCCCAAUGACCCAUGCUUGAGAGGGGAGAAGGACCCAAAAGGUGGAUUUGACAUCAAGGUGCCCCGGCGAGCCGUGGGGCCAUCCAGCACACAGGCCUGCCAGUGGUCCCCGAGGGCUUUGUUUCACCCCACUGGUGGCACACAGGGCCGAAGAGGCUGCCGAUCCCUGCUGUACAUGGUGCGCACCAUGCUGGAGUCGCUCAUCGCAGACAAAAGCGGCUCCAAGAAGACGCUGAGGAGCAGCCUGGAUGGUCCCAUCGUCCUGGCCAUAGAGGACUUCCACAAGCAGUCCUUCUUCUUCACACAUCUGCUCAACAUCAGUGAGGCCCUACAGCAGUGUUGCGAUCUAUCUCAGCUCUGGUUCCGAGAAUUUUUCCUGGAGUUAACCAUGGGCCGGCGAAUCCAGUUCCCCAUUGAGAUGUCCAUGCCUUGGAUUCUAACGGACCAUAUCCUGGAAACCAAAGAACCUUCCAUGAUGGAGUACGUGCUCUAUCCUUUGGACCUGUACAACGAUAGUGCCUACUAUGCUCUGACCAAGUUCAAGAAGCAGUUCCUGUACGAUGAGAUUGAAGCCGAGGUAAACCUGUGCUUCGAUCAGUUCGUCUACAAACUGGCAGAUCAGAUAUUCGCCUACUACAAAGCCAUGGCUGGCAGUGUCCUGCUGGAUAAACGCUUCAGAGCUGAAUGUAAGAAUUAUGGAGUCAUCAUUCCGUACCCGCCAUCAAACCGCUAUGAAACACUCCUGAAACAGAGACACGUGCAGCUGCUGGGAAGAUCAAUUGACCUGAACAGACUCAUAACCCAGCGCAUUUCUGCUGCUAUGUAUAAAUCCUUGGACCAGGCCAUCAGCCGCUUCGAGAGCGAGGACCUGACCUCCAUUGUGGAGCUAGAAUGGCUGCUAGAGAUUAACCGACUCACACACCGGCUGCUCUGUAAGCACAUGACACUGGACAGCUUCGAUGCCAUGUUCCGGGAGGCCAAUCACAACGUGUCAGCCCCCUACGGCCGCAUCACCCUGCAUGUCUUCUGGGAGCUGAACUUUGACUUCCUCCCCAACUACUGCUACAACGGCUCCACAAACCGUUUUGUCCGGACUGCCAUUCCUUUCACCCAAGAACCGCAACGAGACAAACCCGCCAACGUCCAGCCUUAUUACCUCUAUGGCUCCAAGCCUCUCAACAUUGCCUACAGCCACAUCUAUAGUUCCUACAGGAACUUCGUGGGACCCCCUCAUUUCAAGACCAUCUGCAGACUGCUGGGGUACCAGGGCAUCGCGGUGGUCAUGGAGGAACUGCUGAAGAUCGUCAAGAGCUUGCUCCAAGGAACCAUCCUCCAGUACGUGAAGACUCUGAUCGAGGUGAUGCCCAAGAUAUGCCGUCUGCCCCGGCACGAGUAUGGCUCCCCAGGGAUCCUGGAAUUCUUCCACCAUCAGCUGAAGGACAUCAUUGAGUAUGCCGAGCUCAAAACAGAUGUGUUCCAGAGCCUGAGGGAAGUGGGCAAUGCCAUUCUGUUCUGCCUCCUCAUAGAGCAAGCACUGUCUCAGGAGGAAGUCUGUGAUCUGCUCCACGCCGCUCCAUUCCAAAACAUCUUGCCCAGGGUCUACAUCAAAGAGGGGGAGCGUCUGGAGGUGCGCAUGAAACGCCUGGAGGCCAAGUAUGCCCCGCUUCACCUGGUGCCCCUGAUCGAACGCCUGGGGACCCCGCAGCAAAUCGCCAUCGCUCGAGAGGGGGACCUGUUGACCAAGGAGCGGCUAUGUUGCGGACUGUCCAUGUUUGAGGUCAUCCUGACCCGCAUCCGUAGCUACUUGCAGGACCCCAUCUGGAGGGGCCCGCCACCCACCAAUGGUGUCAUGCACGUGGAUGAGUGUGUGGAGUUCCACCGGCUUUGGAGUGCCAUGCAAUUCGUCUACUGCAUCCCUGUGGGGACCAACGAGUUCACCGCUGAGCAGUGUUUUGGGGACGGCUUGAAUUGGGCUGGCUGUUCCAUCAUCGUCCUGCUGGGUCAGCAGCGGCGCUUCGACCUGUUUGACUUCUGUUACCACCUGCUCAAAGUUCAGAGGCAGGACGGGAAAGAUGAAAUCAUAAAGAAUGUGCCACUGAAGAAGAUGGCUGACCGCAUCAGGAAGUACCAGAUCUUGAACAAUGAGGUUUUUGCCAUCCUGAACAAGUACAUGAAGUCUGUGGAAACAGACAGUUCCACUGUGGAGCACGUGCGCUGUUUCCAGCCACCCAUCCACCAGUCCCUGGCUACCACCUGCUAGGCUCAAGGUCCUGCAACCCUCAUCCCGGAGGAGAAGCAGGAGAGAAAGCCAUGGGCAGCCUGCAUCCGAGUCCAACUGGACAGCGUGUGGCAGAGACCUGGAAGUAAACAAGAACCUCCCCAAACACAACACACCACACCCAGGGGCUGGGCUUGUGCAUGCUCUCCCAUGCCAUCUCCAUGGUGGGUUUUCCAUUGUGUAAAUGAAAAA